UUGACAUCAAUCAAAGAAUUAAGAAAUUAUCCAUAGGUACCAGAAAGAAUGAGAUAAAAUAUUUAGUAUUUAAUAAAAAUAAAACCAUGUUCUCGUUGAACAAUCAUUUAGAGCUGCGAAGAGUUACCAUUACCAGUUUGGUAACAUGCAUUUACUUACCGAGCAUUGUGACCGUGAUAUCUUACAAGGGUCUGCUGUAUUCAGUUGGAAAUGCUUCAUCUUUCUACGUUCUGGUUCUCAUAUUUGUGGCAGAGUUGAUGAAAUCAUUUUACCUGAACUCUAGUAAUGAAUUCCAGGUUAAAAAGAAGAGCAAAAAUAGAGCUAGUGAGGUUAUGAAGUCAAUUGUGUUUUUACUUGGAGUAGUAUUUUGUUUUUUCAUAGCUAUCAUAUUAUUUGGUGCUCCAGUUCUAGAUCAUCAUGACGGGACAUUGCUGUUGUCUAGUCUUCUUACUUUAUUAACCAUAUUUCCUUUGAUAGCUCACACAGGAGUUGAGUCUGCCAUGCAACUUCUAUUCGGGGUUAAAAUAUUUUCCCGAGACACGAUCAUCGCUAUGCUUGUAAAUAACGCUUUGAUGACAGUCUGUGGAGCAUGGCUUGGAGCUGUCGUAAUACCCCUGGAUUGGAACACACCUUGGCAGCAGUGGCCAAUACCCUGUUACUUAGGAGCUAUUGGUGGUUACCUGCUAUCAAAUGUGUUAACUGUGUCUAAGGUUACUUUGAUGUCAGCGUCUAAUAAGUAUCCAGCAUUGAACUUUUUUGUUAAUGUAAUUAACAGACUCCAUAUGUCUAAAUAAAAAUGUUACAGUAUUAUUGCAUUUAUGUACAGUAUUUAUUAAUGAUAAAUAAAUUUGUGACUUAUAUUAA